UUUUAACGGACUUAGGCCAAUCUCUAAGGUUGACAUGAAUUAUUCCACAAGAAUCUCUUGGUUAUAAAGAGGUCGAGUGUCGGCAUGCUCACAAUGCUUGACACUGAGACAAGAUCACCGGAAAUCACAAUUUCUUUCGCUUCCGCAGUCUAAACACCAACCCUCACCUCCCAUACCAUCAAUAUGCCUGCACAAAUGCGCAAGCUUGGCCAUAACGGCCCCAACGUCCCCGCCCUAGGCCUUGGCCUGAUGGGUCUCGGCUAUCCGGUCUACGGAGCCCCUCCGACAGAUGAGGAUCGAUUCGCACUGCUUGACCGUGCUCAUGAGAUUGGAGCAAGGUUCUGGGACACAGCCAACAUGUAUGGCGACUCCGAGGAGAUAGUGGGCAAAUGGUUCAAGCGCACAGGAAAGCGCAGUGACAUUUUCCUGGCGACCAAGUUCGGUUAUGUGAUAGGCAGCCCGACCUAUGAGACUGACAGCUCCCCCGAGUAUUGCAAGAAAUGUUGCGAGGACAGUCUCAAGACUCUUGGCGUCGAUUUCAUUGAUCUCUAUUACGUCCAUACCGUCAAUGCCAAAACGCCAAUUGAAUCAACUAUGCGAGCGAUGGCAGAGCUGAAAGCAGCGGGCAAGAUCAAGCACAUCGGCCUGUCCAAUAUCAAGUCUUCUGAACUUCGCCGUGCUGUCAAGAUUGCCCCCGUUGCUGCAGUCCAGAUCGAGUACUCGGCCUUUGCGCGCGAUAUCGAGAGCCCAAGUGGAACCGAUCUCCUGGCCACUUGUCGAGAGCUGGGCGUCUCCAUCAUCGGUUACGCGCCCCUGGGACGCGGCCUGCUCACAUCUACCUUCACCAGCACGGAUGCCGCGAGCGCCGGCACGGACAUGCGCUCCAGCUUCUUCCCACGCUUUCAGGGAGAGAACCGUGACAAGAACAUCCAACUCGUCCAGCAACUGACAGCCCUGGCGGAGAAGAAGAACUGUAGCACGUCGCAGCUGGCGAUCGCGUGGCUUCUGAAGCAGGGCGACGACGUCAUUCCGAUUCCGGGCACUAAGAAAGUGAAGUAUCUGGAGGAAAACUGGGGUUCGCUUGAUGUCGAUUUGACUGACACGGAGGAGGCUGAGAUUAGACGCUUUGUUGAAAGUGCCGAGGUUGCUGGGGGUGUCGUUCCAGAAGGAAUGGAAGCCCACCAGUACGGUACUACGGCUGAGGAGGUCUAGUUGAAUGGGGUGGUGGUAAUACUGGAUGCGUCACUAUGAG